CUGAUUAAUCUACACGACCAACAAACAGUUGUACGCAGAUAUAAUACGUAGGCGGGUAAAAUGUGGCUAGUCAACAUGGCCCCUAGGAAGGCAACCAACUGGCUGCUCGCAGGGCUAUGAAGAUAGUACAUUUGAUACAUCAUCCCUUCGUUAUACGUAGGUGGACUGGAUGCCUAUGACAAACAUCUGGUUGGUGGUUGGUUUCGUUUGGAGCUGUCGCGGAUACGGGCUGACAAACGAAUACGUGUAGUUCCCGUCAAUAUUUACAUUCUCUAUAACUAGUAAUUACGACCUGACAAGGGGUGCUAGGGGUUUAUAUUAAGAUCUUGCAUAGCCCAGGUGCCAAAAAGAGCCAGUCCAAGGUCGACCUUGCCAAAAUAUGAGGUAGUGAGGACGUGAGGCUUCCGACUAGUCCCCACCGAACCUCGCAACAAAGCUGCACGAGUCAAUAUGAAUGCAAGCCAGCCCUUACCCACAGAAGGGCAAGAGGCCACCCAGUUGCAAGAAACAGGUCUCUUCCGGCGUGCCUAUGAUGCACCUGCAUUAUAUACACCAGACCGAAGGCCAGUAGCAGUUCAUGGUAGAAACGGACAGCAGCCACUGGGUCGUGGAAGAUCCAUAAGCCACUCUUACCCAUCAACACCACACGGCAAGAAACAAGGCCACGGGUACCAUACGGCCAUGGAGAGUGAUUCAGGAGACAGCAACAACAGAGCUAUGUUCAGUGCCUUAACGCCCCAGAGUCCCUUAAAGUCCGGGGCGAGAAGAUCUGCCAAGGCCCAACAAGAUCGAGAUUUAACAUCAGGGAAAUGCAUGACUUGCGACUCGAUGGUUCGAUGGCCCAAAGAACUAGCCGUAUUUCGAUGCUCUGUAUGUGUAACUAUAAAUGAUCUGACACCGAUCAGUACAGUUCAAGAUUCCGGGAGCGACCAUCAUAGACAUCGCACGAGAGAAUCCUCUUCUCCAUCUAGAGUAGUGUCGCCCAUAACUGCUCGUAAGACGAGCGCUUUGAUUGAGCGAUGCAUCCAGUCCUACCUCAUGUCUCGGCUUGGAGCCUCGGAACGCAAUAUACUUGUCAAUACAGGGCCCGAUUCUACAUCGAAGCCUAUGUGCGUUGCCACAGAAAUCCCAGAAAACCCCACCAAGGUGAACGAAACGUCUUGCUCGGAGUUCAACCAUGUAGGCUGCGAGUGCUGUCUUAAUACUGAAGAUUCGAAGACGCCUACUGUUAGGAACCGGUAUGGUUCAUCGGUCAAUGGCUCCCCUCACCCUGCUGAGCAAAUCGACAAGACGCAUGUCCGAUGUCCCAACGACGGAACAAGGAAUAUUUUCGGGCCACUGGAAGAUUAUAUAGUUGCGUCUUUCCAAUCGCAUGACUGCAUCAAUGGGUCCUUUUCCACCAAACUGGCAUCGGUCGAAUCCAGGGGCCCAGCUAAAGGAAGCUUGAACUUUACAAGACCAGUUGUGGACGAAAGGCGGCGACCUACUCCCGAUUUAAUGCCGCCAAUGGGUACUAAGACGAUCCCCAGAGGUCUCACAGAGAACGCAGCAUGGCUUGCUAGAGAUGGCGCUAUCCCAAGCCAUACUAACGGAUCGAUAUCGCAAAGGGGAAACAUACCAAUUGCAAAUGGGCCCACCGCUCUCAAUGAUGUGAACAGAAGCUCGCCCCGGAUUGAUUGGGAUUUGCUUUUCCAGUGGUAUGAUUCAAUAAUACACGUUGGUGACGACUGGAGCCGUCAUAUGGCCGAGGUCCUCAGUUCUGUUGGUUUGGGUUUUAAUAGUCCAUCAAUUGACGAAAUGAAUCAUAUAGAAGGAGAGGUCGCUGAGGCACAACGCCACACAAGGCGUGUUCUAUUAAGGGCCACGGAAGGCCUCUUAAAAAGACCAGGACGGUUAUUGAAUGAACCGAGCGACACCAGGUUUCUUCUGAUUAUUUUGGCCAACCCGCUUCUUUACCCGUCAUCUUCGCCAAUAUUAAGGGAUGGUGUUCGAGUGUCUCGAGCACCCCCCGGGUAUCCUGUUCCUACUAAAAUUGCAGCGUCGUCGAGUUCCUCGAAAAACAAAAGUCCAUUAAGGUCUCCAUUGACAACAGAAGAGAUUGACACUGGGCCUGGGCAUCAUUCGGGAAUUAUCAAGCGGAUACUCGGACUACUUUCAAACCUUCCCAACGAGUGUCACCAUCAUCUAGUAUCAUGGUUUUCAGAGUUCUCCGAAGUCCAUUUCCAACAAACAACGGAGUUAGUGGGCAGUUUUGUAACAUAUCGCCUAACAAGACAAAACAAUCGAAGGCGCGAUACUGGUCAUGAUCCAACUGGUGGCUUAGUCCCAAAUAUGCCUUCAUCCGGCCACAGGACCAUGGCAGCAUUACAUGCCGAGCUUAAUGGAAGAGGGCAAGGUGCAAAAUUCUCUACCGAAAAGCGUAAUAACGUCAAAUACAAUGAUGAUUGGCAAAUUCGAGCAGCAGCUCGAGUCAUGGCGUUACUAUUUGCGGCAAAUAAUAAUGGCAGUCGUCGCCAUAAUGCCCUAUUACCGCAUCCAUCAUAUGAGGAACACCACAUUGUUUCAAUGCCUCAUGAACGCACCUAUCAUCGCAACCAAAUACUUCCCACUAGCCACUUCUACAACACUCUACUUGACUAUUCGGACUUAAUAGCAGAUUUCGAAGCCUGGGAGGCCAAGAGAGGGAAGUUCACAUUUUGUCAAUAUCCCUUUUUUCUGAGUAUCUGGGCCAAGAUACAAAUAAUGGAACACGACGCUCGACGCCAGAUGGAAAUAAAGGCCAGAGAGGCUUUUUUUGACAGUAUAAUGACCCGCAAAAGCGUCAAUCAGUAUUUAGUGCUGAAGGUACGUCGGGAUUGCCUGGUCGAGGACAGUCUCAAAGGCGUGAGCGAGGUUGUGGGCGGUGGCGGCGAGGAAAUCAAGAAGGGGCUUCGGAUAGAAUUCAAAGGCGAAGAAGGUAUUGAUGCAGGCGGGUUACGAAAAGAAUGGUUUCUUUUGCUCGUCAGAGACGUGUUAAACCCCGAACAUGGAAUGUUUGUCUACGACGAAGAGUCCCACGUUUGCUACUUUAACCCUAGUAGCUUUGAAACUUCUGAUCAGUUUUUCCUCGUCGGUGUGGUCCUAGGCCUUGCUAUCUACAACUCGACUAUCUUAGACGUCGCACUUCCAUCUUUCGCUUUUAGGAAACUCUUGGCCGCUGGCCCUAGUUCCCUUCCAGGGUCUCCUUCUCAUGCAAAACCUACUAUGGUUUAUACUCUGGACGACCUUGCCGAAUAUCGCCCAUCGCUUGCACAUGGACUCCGCCAACUACUGGAAUUUGAUGGCGAUGUCGAGGAGACAUUUUGCCGUGAUUUUGUUGCGGAUGUCGAGAAAUAUGGGAAGAUCCACCAAGUACCGCUUUGCCCCGAUGGCGAAAAACGAGCCGUUAACAACUCGAACCGCAGGGAAUUUGUAAAUCUCUAUGUGAAAUAUCUUCUGGAUACUUCUGUCGUCCGGCAAUUCGAGCCAUUCAAACGUGGGUUUUACACCGUGUGUGGUGGCAACGCGCUCUCCUUGUUUCGACCCGAAGAGAUUGAGCUUCUUAUUCGAGGUUCAGAUGAACCGUUGGAUAUUUCAUCACUUGAAGCGGUGUCUGUUUGUGAAAAUUGGGGCGUCCCAAACCCGGCUGAAACGGAACUGGUCAUUCAAUGGUUCUGGCAAUCGUUCAAGAAUGCAGACCCUAAAGACCAGAGAAAGCUUCUAUCUUUUAUAACGGGCAGCGAUCGAAUACCUGCUAUGGGUGCAGCCAAUCUGGUCAUUAAGCUUUCGUGCCUUGGUGACGAUAGCUUACGAUUCCCAAUAGCUCGAACAUGUUUCAACAUGCUGUCGCUAUGGCGAUACAGCUCUCGUACAAAGUUUGAGCGGUUACUUUGGCGGGCCGUCAAUGAAAGUGAGGGGUUUGGCUUGAAAUGAUGCAUGUGAUCCCCAUUAAAAUCGGUUUGAAUCGUUCGUGCUAGCCACAGGGGACAAUAGGCAAGUUAAUUCAGAUCAGAUAUACAUAUUAUACAUAAAUACAUUGCUUGAGCCCCA